CAGACAUGAACGCAGUGCUCUCGUACCCUAAUGUAUAAAACAUGGAUUGCUGCUGUGCCGCUUCAGAAUACCUGUAAACCGGCCCUGCGAAGACAGAGAGCUCAUCCUGACCCUCGACAGCAGGCUGCUUUCUUACUGCGGCCCCAAAGUACACCGCAAGGCCGAGGGAGGGCUGUCAUUGCCUCAGUGUAAAGUCAUCCUCUGGCUCCAUGCUCCCACCACAGCAGCCAGUGUGCCAGUAAGAUGACGCUCCAACUGAACUGACCCACAGCAGACUCAACAAGUCACAACGGCUGGACAGCUGACAAGGGCUGCUUCCUGGAUGUGAUACUGGGUGAAGAAGAGAGCUGCUGACCCUGCUGCGGUGUGCGAUGUGGGGGUCUGCCUUGUCACUGUGUCUUUUACUCUGGAUAGAAGGAAUAAUUAUUUCUACAAUACAAGGUGAGGUCAUGGCUCCCGCCAGUGUGAGUGCCGAGGCGGGCCGCCCGUUCACGCUGGGCUGCAACAUCACAGUGGGAACUCAAGACAAGGUCCGGCAGGUGCGCUGGCUGAACAGAUAUGGCCAGGUGCUGCUGGCAUACGAGCUGGGCGUGCCGGUCCGCAUCACCACGCACCAGCCCGGUGUGCAGCUCAACACCUCCCACAAUGAUGCAAGCGCGAUCACCAUCAGGAAGGUGCGGCCCGUCGACGAGGGCUGCUAUCAAUGCAUCUUCGACGUCUAUCCCAGCGGGCUUCAGAAGGGGAACACCUGCCUGAACGUCACUGUGAAUGUGGGCAUGGAGGGUAAUAAGACAGCCGUGAGCGGGAAGAUGGUGACCCUGUCCUGCUGGUACAGCCUCCCCGAGAGGGUGAAGCAGAUCCUGUGGAGGAAGACGGCCGAGCAGGGUGACACCACCACCGUGGCCUCCUACGCCAAACACGGCCGCGCCAUCAUGGAGGAGCCCUACCUGGGCAGGGUGAGCCUCAGCCGAUCGCUGGGAGACACGCAGCUCACCAUUCAGCCGGUCAACCCCGAGGACGAGGGCUGCUACACCUGUGAGUUUCACACCUACCCAGAGGGCACCAGGAGAGCCACCGCCUGCCUCUCGGUGUAUGUGUUACCGAAACCAGAGGUGGCCUAUGUGACCGCGUCAUCCGGCGUGAUCGAGGCCAACUGCACCACUCGGUCCCGGCCCGCAGCGGAGAUCACAUGGAAUGUGGGGGGGGACAACCGGACGCUGGGACCGCCCAUUUCCUCCUCCUACGAACAGGGAGAUGGCACAACGCUGGUGACCAGCACUCUGCUCCUCCAGUCAGGGCUGCUCAACGAGCUGUCCGUCAAAUGUAUCGUACACCACCAGGGCCUGGAGAAACCGAUGUCAGUGUCCCUCAAUACCAACGUGGGUCCAGCCCUGGUUAUCCUCAUCUCCGUGUGUGGCGUGGCCGCCAUCCUUCUCCUGUGCCUGUGUGUGUGUCUCUGCAAGUGCUUCAUCUGCACGGACGACUGAGCUGAGUUACGGCCUAGCGGUCCGGCCUGCUUUGAUGAGCGUCCAGCGGUCUGACCUAGCUGCUCACCACCGUGCCAUCCAGUCUGCUGUAGAAGAAGACAAAAGGGGAGAGACCAGGACUGCCGAGCUGAGUCAGAGAGACGCGCUUAAUCUGGCUGCAAGUCUCCCCGUCACUUAUCACAAUUCACACAGGAUUUAAUACUUGUUUUAUUUUUUUUAAUCAAAUCCAUCGUUAGAUGUGAUACUUACUGUAGACAUGUCGCUUUGAAGGUUAACGAAACCUGCUUGUAAUAGGACUUAGCAGUUGCCAAUUACAGGAUUUAGCACUUUUUUGUAAAGUAUAACAUAGGGCAGAAUAACCUAAGUGAGGUCAAACUGACUUAAGUCGUAUGCUUUUCAGUGGGAACUGAUUAUGGAUUACUCACUAUAGGUUGGCUAAACCAGUGGCCUUUUGCCCUUUCACACCAGAUCAGAUGACAUUUUAAAGCGUGGAAAUUAGCCACAGGAGGACAACACGAGGGGUCAUGAUACAGCAUUUAAGUCACACCAACAGAUCGUAGCUGAACUAUUGCGGAAAUUAACAGGAUGAAGAUGCACAUCGGUGGGCAUAACCGUGAAGAUUCACCGCACCGAUCGAACCGUUCGUGAGUGAGAUCUCAAAGCCGGUUUCAGCGGUUAUGUCAUGUUUGUUAUUGUGGGCCGCCGUGUGAGUGCUACCUUCUCCAUCUCUGGUAGGGGGGCGGACAGACGGGAGAGGUUUUCCAGUAACUCGGGUAUAAACGGUAGUAAACACUAGCCCUCCUCUGUGGAUGAACCUCACCUUUUUGAAUCAGUGUGUAUGUGUGUGUGUGCAUUUUAGAGAUUUUAGAAAGCUGUACGGUCACAUGUGUUUGUACGUCCUUAGAUGACUAUGUGUUGGUGUGAACAUACGUGCGACUGAGAAAUGGAAAUAGGAUGUGGUUUUGUUUAUGUCUGUGUCUUAAUGAUUGUAAAAUAGAAAGUGUGUGAGUAGGAGAGAGAGGAAGGGACUAAACAGUGGCGUGUGUAUUUUGUUUGUCUUAAAAAAAGGGAGAGUUCACAGUCAGUUUUUGUGCGUGUGUAUCCUUGACUGUUCGUUUCGCCUUUCCUUGAAGGACGUACACCCAUUUCAUUUUGAUUUACAGCAUUCAACUACAGUGACCACCAGUGUUUAGGUGUGGCAGUCUUUCAGCAGUCUCGUGAAAAUGUCCCCAUUGUGCAAUGCGCAGAAUAGCUCGAUCUGUAACGUGUCAGUAAUAAAAUCACAUUCUUUCUAUGAAAAGUAAUUAACGAUGGCUAAGCUUGUCGCACCUAGCAAGACGAGGUCAAGUCGUCAUACGUUUGGAUUGAAGAUCAGUCCAACACCAACAGUCUUUGUGUGAGAACUCCUACCAGCCCAAUUGAUGACUAACACCUAAAUGUAAAACAAAUUUUAGGGGUAGCCUCCAUUUGACAGACCCACAAAACUACCGAGUUCACAAUCUAGCCAUUAAUAAAACCAAGAUAGUCUGACAGCUGUGUUUCUGAUGUGCAAAAAUCACAUCAGAAGCCUUUUUUACUAUUUGUUUUCCUCUUAGUUUCAAUGUCCUAUCUGCAGUAUCAGCAGCAGUAAUGUGUACAUGGAAGUUUAGUUUGUAUUGUUUAUUCUUUACAAAGCAGUAUUCACCUGGUGGCGACAUUAUCCUGCAUGUACUAUUCUGUUGUAUAAAAUGGAUUAAAUAAAACUGGAGAC